UUUGUUAUUGUAAGCAUGAUAUCAUCAUAUCGACAAAUGGAAAAAAAAAUAAAUAAUAACGUUUCAAAAAAUAAUCAUUUAUGUUUAAAAAAUUGUGGAUUUAUUUAUUGUAAAAAUGGCUUCAUCACCGAGAAUUAUUAUAUCAAAAUUUGGACAACAAAAAUUGUCACCUCGUCCAACAAAAAAUUCUCUAAAUAUCAGCAAAUCAUUGAGUCCAAAAACACCAACUAAAAGUCCUCACAGGCUAUCAUUGUCAUUUAAUAUUGAUACACCAAAUAAAUCAAAAAUUUUAAAUAAUCAAUUAUUAUCACCUAGAGAAAAAUACAACAAGGAAAAUUGUGUUGUUGGUUGUGGUGGAUUUGGUACUGUUUACAGAGCUUCUUAUCAUGGUAAUCCAGUUGCAGUUAAAAUAAUAAAAAGAAAAAUAGAUAAUGAUACAUCAGUAGAGUCAGAAAAAAAUGCAAAAUUAUUACAACAUUCAAAUAUUGUUAAAGUAUAUGAAAUUGAUCAAGGUAUUAAUUGUUCAAUUAUAACAAUGGAACUUUGUGGAAAAACACUUCAAGAUAAAUUAGAUGAAAGUAUAUUAAAUAAAAUUGAACGUAUUGAUACGUGGUGUACAAUAACAAUUGCACUUGAAUUUUGUCACAAUGCUGGAAUAAUUCAUGCUGAUAUUAAGCCAAAAAAUAUAUUAAUUUCUGCUGAUGGAAAUAUAAAACUUGCUGAUUUUGGAAAUUCAAUAUCUACCAAUGAUAUUGCAAUAAAUAAAUCCUCAGUUUCAGGAUUACGUGGAACACCUGGUUAUGUUGCUCCUGAAGUAAUAAAAGGAAAACAGCCAACAAAAUCAUCUGAUAUUUAUUCAUUGGGAAUUUUAGCUUGGCAAUUAUUAACAAGAAAAAUUCCAUUUGAUGGUAUGCAUGCUCAUACUAUUUUAUAUCUAAGUGGAAAAGGCAAUAGACCAAAUGAUGAACAUGUCGAUGAUGAAUUUAAUGGAGAGUACAAAAAUUUGUACAGACAAAUGUGGUCUGAUGAUGAAAAUAAAAGACCAUUAAUUAAUAUUAUUAUUAUUAAGCUCAAAGAAUUAUUAAAAAAUACGUAA